UCUAUACAAAACCUAUCUUUAAGCAUGAAAGGUUUCACGCAUCAUUUCAGCGGCGGCCCUUGAUGUAAAUUUCACAGGAGUCAUGACCUCGCCAGGGAGCUAUGCCAGCAGUUACAGCAGCAGCUUUGGUGCCAGUAGCCUUGGAGCUGUACCUGCAAGGGCCCGACAUCCUUUGGAGACAGCUUUAGAACGCAGCUGGCAGUUUGAUGAUGGACAGCAUACGACGAAGUGCCGCAAGGAUGCAGCAGCUUUCCUAGAGGAUCGUCUCUACAAGCUCGCUAAGACACGAGAGCCGUCAGCCGGUGAUGGCGCCGCACGCCAGGACGCAAUACAGCGCCUUCAGGCUUUGCUGCAGGACAUUUUUCCUCCCCCGUGCAGGCUGCAGCUCGUGCCGUAUGGUUCAUUCCUUAGCACGUGUUACAGCCAUGGAUCCGAUCUGGAUCUAGCGCUUACGGGGGAGAUGUCCCUUCAUGUGCUGGAUUACGGGCGGUCCACGCAGCGAGACGCACAAGUUAACGUGGGGCGGUUCACACGCGACGACUGCGCGAGGCUUCUGCAGCGGCUGGCAGAUGAGCUGGAGCGGCGAGGGGUGACCCUGGGGCCCGUCACACGCGUCCUGGAGGCACGUGUGCCCAUCAUAAAGUUCCUGGAGGCCGGCAGCGGCAUCGAGUGCGACAUCUGCGUGACCACCCGCGGCUGCGACUUCAAGGGGGCGGUCAUGCAGCUGCUGCACGGCCUGCAGCCUGCGCUCAAACCGCUCGUACGGCUGGUGAAGCUCUGGGCCAAGCAGCACGACAUUAACUCCGCCAACUGCGGCACCCUCAACAGCUGGAGCCUCUCCCUCAUGGCGCUGUUCAGCCUGCAAAGCCACCCCGACGGCCCGCUGCUGCCGCCGAUGUGGAAGCUCUUCCAUGACGAGGAGCCGGCGGGGGCAGCGGGGGAGCGGGAGCGCGAGCGGCGGGGUGUGGGGCGGCCGCUGCAGGACCCGCACCUGCCGCCGGAUGUGAUGCUGGCGGUGGCGACUGCCAAGUGCUCGGAGGAGGCAGAUCUGCUGGUGGCGCGGCGCUGGUUGCCCCCCGGCAGCAGCAGCAGCGGGGAGGCAGCAGCAGGGGCAGGGCCCGGGGCCGCACCCGGGCUGCUGCGGCAGCUGCUGUGGUUCUUCAGCUGCUUCACCGCCAUCACCAAGGAAUGGCGGGACACGGCAGCUCACAGGAACUGGCGGGUGAGCCCCUGGCUGGGUCGCGGCUACUCGGCCCGCUUCCACAAGAACUACCUAGCGGCGGUGGAGGAGCCGUUCGACAGCGACGACAACACGGCGCGAAGCGUGGGAACAAGGGAACGCAGCGAGAACACGCUGCCGUACAUCGCGUGGGUGUUUGGGCACUCCGUACACAUCUUGCGGAACGUGACGUCCGAGUCAGACGCCGCUCGUGCACUGGCCUGGCUGUUCGGGCCGGACAUGCUGCCCCUCACCCAGUUUGAGCUCUUCCUGGUGCCGUCGGCCGUGUCAUCGGAGCUCAUGGAACGGUUGGGCUACUCCCGGAGUGCACAAGAAGAGGAGCACGAUGAUGAUGAGGAGGAGGAAGGCGGCAGCAGUCUUAAUGGCGGACUAGGAGACAAGGCGCAUCGCGUUGGGGAGGCGGAUGUGGGGCAGCGGGAGCAGCGGCGGCGACAGCGCUGGCACGACCGGAUGUCGAAACGCGACCCGGCGCGUCUGCAGGAGGGCUUCAGGUUGCUGCUGGACGCCACCCACGCGGGCUCCCCCAUCACAUCCCUGGAGCAAUGGCGCUAUCACCUCGCAACGAACCCCAGGAGCCGCACUGCGCCUCUGGGCUGGCACCGACUGCACCUGCCGCCGCCACCGCCGCCACCACCACCGCCGCAGCCGCAGCCCUCCGCAGGACCACCAGCAGCGGCUAGCGCCGCUGCUGCGCUGUUGGCUGCAAUUGCGCCUCCUUCUGCUGCGGAGGUCAACCACAUUACCCCACAAAUGCUGGACCAGCUCUUGCAACUGCAGCAACAGCUGCCUCCGUCACAGCUCCAGCCGGUGCUGGAACAGCUGCAGCGACUGCCGCCGGACUUCCGUCAGCUCUUGGGCCUAGCCACGGCACCAGCAGCCCCACCACCGCCGCAGCCAGCCGACCCCAUCUGGAGCUCCCUUGAGCAGGCGUUGGGAGGAGAUGGCGCUGCAGGUACGGGUGCGGGUGCGGAUGCGGCUGCAGCAGGAGGCGACAGCACAGGAAGAGCUCUGCUGGCGGCGCUUAAGGCGCGAGGUGCGGGGACCGGAGCCAUGGCGGCGGCGGAGAGGGCGGAAGCAGCCAUCGACGCCACAUCGGCUAUGUUGGCGCGACUAGGUCUUGGUCGAGGGGCAGCGGCGGGACAGGGGAGUGGGUCAGGGGUGGAUCCAGUGGCUGCUCCGCCGCCGCCGCCGCCAGGAUUCGCUCGUCAGUCGGCGUCACAACCGACAGCGGCGGUGCCAGCGCCUCUGCAGUCUCAGCUACAGUCAGCGGCCUGGCAGCAGCAGCAGCAGCAGCAGCAGCUACAACAACAGCAAUGGGGGCCCCGUUCGCCGCACUCGCCGCCGUACAUGCCGCCGGGGCUCUCGGCAGGGCUGCGACCACCCCAGCAACGGGUACCGCAGCCACCACCGCCGCAGCCGCUGUUGCCGCCGUCAUGGUCCCAACCGCAGCAGGGCCCUCCCUCUCAGCAGUGGCAGCACCCGCAGUACCCCCACUCGCAGCCGCAGCACCAGCAGCAGCACCAGCAGCAAAACGGUGAUGAGGACCUGGACGAUAUCCUGCGGCUGCUGAACAACUCUAUGGCCGGCGACAUGGCCGCACCGCAGCAGCAACAACAGCUACUCGCCGGCAUGUCGCAGGGCAGCAGUAACAGCUUUACGCGGCCUGGCCACGGCGGGUUGAACGGCGGCACCGUGGAGGGACAGAUGCAGGCGCAGGGGCUUGGUAUGCAGCCGGCAGGGUACGGCGGCUGGCCUCCUGCGUACGGCAACGGUAACGAGAAUGGAAACCCGCUGGGGUCUGGGUACGGCAACGCGUUUGGAGGCGGCGGGCUUGGGGGUAUGUUUGGGGGCAUGUACGGAAGCAUAGCGGCGGCUAGCAGGGGAGCCGGGUAUGGUGGUACUGGUGCGUAUCAAGGGAACGGGAAUGCGGCGCAAGUGCCGCCGCCACCGGGGCUGCAGCAACAGCAGCAGACCCAAACGGGGAGCCAGUUGCUGCUAGGACCCAACCCAAUAGGAUUCGAACGGCAACAGUCACAGCCGGCGCAGCAGCAACACCAGCAUCAGUUGCAGCAGCAGGCUAACGGAACGUGGAGCCACCCUCUGCAAGCACAGCAGCCCGUGGGUUACUCACCCUUUGGCACUGUGAGCAACAGCAGUUCGUUCGCAAGCAGUUCGUUCGCAAGCAACAACCCAGCCGCUGCCGCAGCGCAGCAUCCUCCACCUGGCUUUGCACCUGGUGUGGGGCUGCGGACCUCAGCCGCCGGAAGCGGUUUCCUGUCGCCUGCCACUACAGGGACAGCAACCUCUGCCUCAACCGCGUUACCGGACUUUGCUUUCUCAGCCUCUAGGAGCAGCAGUAGCGGCGGGGCAGCUGGCGAAGGAGGUGGCGGAGCUGCGGCUUUCGCAAGGCCGCCGGCGCCGCCUGGUUUCGGCGGCAUGUGGGGGCCAGUGGGAGGAGCGGGCAGGCGCACAUAGCGCAGCGAUGCGGUGGAAACGGUGCUUGUGGUACCGGUAAUAGCUGGCAGUGGGGCGAAAGGGGUGUCGUGGGGUCGGCUGUUGGGUUCACGGUGACUAGUGGGGCAGCGGGACUGGCGUUGAGUGGGCUGGGGAUGGCAAGAGACGAGGCUUUCCUAAACUCUUGAACGGGCUUUAAGCCGAGCCUGAGUUGCAUUGGUGAGGGGGCUUACGGUGACAAUUGAGAUGCCGCUUUGCAGAUUAGCAGACGUUUAGCGUUUUUGUUUUGGUGUCGAACGACUCUUUUCAGCAUGAAAACGGCCUGUUGAAUAACGCAACGUUGAGGACUGUUUGCAGGAUUGCAGGAGUCGCUGGCGGUAUGGGUGUUUCCUUUCUCUAGCAGCAGUGGUGUGUAUGCUCGGAUGGUAUGGGCUGAGUGUGCAUACCUUCAUACCCACGGUCCCAGUUAGGUACCUUUGUGGCGGCGGGAUAUCGAGUGGAUGUUGGUGACAAUGUGCACGGUGGAAAACCUGUCCUCAACAGUAAUGCCCUUGCGGCUAGCAUGCCCAUCACAUGUAGCUGCCAUGCAGCAAGCAACAAGACGUUGGUACUUGCUCUUCACUGGUACGGUACGAGAAGCAAGCCGGCAGUACGAGAAGAGGACUCCCAGACUGGCCAGAAGGGCCGCCGGUGCUCUGGCAAGCGGGCCUUCCCGGAUUCGAUAAGUGGCUGGUAUGCUGUGAUGGAAGGAAGUAAGCACAAG